AUGCGAGGAGGGGCAGAACCAAGUCUUGCUCUGCCCCUUCCCUUCUGCAGCUCCCGGGUGCUGUCACACUCCUUCUGCCUGCACCAGGACGUGAUGAACCUGGCCUGUGCCAACGCCACCCCCAGCGUGGUGUACGGCCUCACCGCCAUCCUGCUGGUCAUGGGCCUGGACGCCAUCCUCAUCUGCCUCUCCUACGUCCUCAUCCUCAAGGCUGUCUUGCGGCUGGCGGCGUGGAAGGAGAGGCUGAAGGUGUUCAGCACCUGCGUUGCCCAUAUCUGCGUGGUCCUGGUCUUCUACGUGCCCCUGAUUGGGCUGUCCGUGGUGCACAGGUUUGGGAAGGACCUGGCGCCACUGGUCCAUAUCAUCAUGGGCAACGUCUACAUCCUGGUGCCCGCUGUGCUCAACCCCAUCAUCUACGGGGUGAGGACCAAGCAGAUCCAGAGGAGGAUCCUGAUUUCAGUUUAA